AUGCGAAUCUUAAAGAUUUCGGCUCUGAAUUCCUAAUCUGAGGUGAAUGUAAAGAGAGGAGAGAGCAAAAAUGGGACUGAAGAAUCCAUACUUGUUCACUAUAUUGAUCCAGAUUAUGCAGGCAGGCAUGACCUUGCUCACCAAGGCUGCAUUCAAUGGAGGAAUGAAGAGUUUCAUCUUCAUCUUCUACCGGCAACUGGCUGGAACCAUCUUCUUGCUCCUGUUAUCUGCGAUGUUCGAAAGGAGAUCUGCAGCUCCGCUCACGUUCAUCAUUUUCUUCAAGAUAUCCACGCUUGCUUUCCUGGGUAUCAUGCUAGCUAUUAAUGUCUAUGGGAUUGUGCUCCUGUGUACCUUGGCUUCACUCGCGUCUGCAGCUAUUAACUGCGUACCAGUUACAACCUUCUUCUUCGCCGUUCUUCUCAGGAAGGAGAAGUUGAAUGUGAGGGAAAUAGCGGGAGUUGCAAAGCUUAGAGGAAGAACAAUUUGCAUGGGAGGAGUGGCCACCCUUGCGUUCUUCAAGGGACAAAUUCUAAACCCUCCUUUUGCCCUCCACAAUGCCCAACACCAACACCAACACCAACACCAUGUUUCAUCAUCCGGAAGCACAACAUGGAUCGUAGGUUGCUUCCCCUCUUUCAUUUCAGUCUCCUCCUGGGGCUUAUGGUAUGUUCUCCAGGUACCCCCAGCUUCUCACGAAGGAUUGUGA